AUGAUCCCGGAGCUCAGAGACUACGAUAUAAGCCCACUGUGGGGGUUCCUCCCCUCGCAGUUGCCACUUACAAGACUCCCGCAAAAGUACUACUCGCCUUGGGAAAUUACCGCGGAUAGCAUUCCUUCGUUGAUCUUGACAAAGCGUAUACGCAAGGUCGUUGAUGCGCUUCCCUUGUUAAAGACAGAUAAACUAGCAUCGGAGAGAGAGGUGAGAAGGGCGUACCAGGCCUUGGGGUUCAUUGCACAUGCCUACAUAUGGGGAACCGACGCUCCAACGGACAAGCUUCCACCUCAGAUUGCCAAACCCUGGAUUGAAGUCUCGGAAAAGCUUGGGUUGCCUCCCAUUGGAACCUACGCCUCGCUUUGUCUCUGGAACUUCAAGCAAAUCAUACCUAGCGACGACGACGACGACAUGUUUGACUUGGAUAACCUCACCACGAUAAACACGUUCACUGGAGCAAUUGACGAAAGCUGGUUUUACUUGGUCAGUGUCUACUUUGAGCAGAAGGGGUCGUUAGCAAUCACCACUGGUUUGGAAGCAUUGAAGUGCGCAGAGAAGAAUGACAUUGGCAGGUUGACGCUGAAUCUCCAGCAGAUGGCCGAGGCACUCGAUUUGUUGGGCUCGGUUUUGAUGAGGAUGGAGGAGAUGUGCGACCCUCACAUUUUUUAUUUCAGAAUCAGACCCUACUUGGCCGGUUGGAAGAACAUGGCAAGCGUUGGAUUGGAUAAGGGUGUCUUUUAUGGGAACGAAGAAACACCAAGAGGCUUUGCCGGAGGAUCAAAUGCCCAGUCGUCACUCAUUCAAUUCUUUGACAUAAUUCUUGGUGUUAAGCAUUAUGCAACUGGCGAUUUGAAGGCCGACAAUUCGUUUAUGAAUGAAAUGAGGCAAUACAUGCCCCAGAAACACCGAGGGUUUCUCACGGCACUCGAACCGUACUCAGCUACAAUUCGCGAGCGAGUCAACGAGGAAAAUAACCCCGAAUUGGCUCUUGCCUUUGACGCUUGCUUGGCGAUGUUGAAAUCGUUUAGAGACAAGCACAUCCAGAUCGUCACAAGGUAUAUCGUGCUCCAAGCCAAGAAGAUCAAUAGCAUGGGUUCAGGAACGACACUAAGAUCGGGGCUAGCUAGAAAGAAACAAAAUGGGGAAGAAAAGGGAACUGGGGGCACUUCGCUCUUGCCGUUUUUGAAGCAGUGUAGAGAUGAAACGGGCAAUGCUGCCGCGGGCAGCUGGGGUAAGAGAAUUCUCACCGACGGCAUGUUGCGUUUGAAAUACUCCAAGUCGAAUGGUGUGAACGAAGAUGACUGA